AUGACUGUAGCAGAGACGGAAGAACUCAUGAGACAGCUACAGCUUCGACACCGCUUCGCAACUCCCAAUACAGGAGACGAGGACGAAUAUACAGACAGGACUGCAGAUGACAUUGAUGGAUUUAUUGACCCAAGUCUUCGCAAUGAGGAUCCAUUUGUCCCAUCUGGACAGACUGCCGCUGCCUCUAGCUUGCGUGCAUCUGCAGCUUCAAGUUCUCGCACCACUUUGACUACCCCUUCAUUACAAGGUUCAACUCCAUUGUCCGAUGCAGUUGGGAGUCGUGCAUCUUCCACAACACCAGCAAGCAGCGUGUUCGAACAGACACGUCAUCAAACUGUGUGCCCUGCACAGAUGAUUGAUUUUCGCGCUUCGGAGAUACCUGCCAUACCUCAGACUGUGGCCACUCUCGAUUCCACCGGCCUAGACCUUGCCGCGAAAGUUGACCGGUUGUCAUUGAAGUGCAGAUUAGAAGCUCUGAAACCCCAAGUCCAAUAUCUUGUCGAAGAGAACGAGACCUUGCAAGCAAUGGUUAACAAACAUCAGGCUUCGAUCGAAGUACAAACCACGAUCAAUCAUGAUGCACAUCAUGUCACCGAAGUGAAUACAAGGUCACUGCCGUGUGCCAGUCCUUGGGGGAAGUUUCUGACAGUCACUAAAGUAGUGUACGCGAAUGCCCCCUCGGUGUCAAGAGCUAGUCACGGGUUUCCUAAUAUAUUCGUUGGGGUGACUCCACCGGCUCCAAUCGUGUCACCUCCCUCAGAGGGGAGUGUUGACUGGCAAGCUAACCUUCAAGCGAUUCGAAACCUCAUGGGCGCGUUCUGUGACGGCUACGACACUGUCUUACCACUUACUCACCACCUCCGCUGCUGGAUCGAUGAUGACAGACUCGAUGACAAACAUUGGGGUGCCGAGAUGUGGGAGGUGGAGUUGUAG